CCCAAACUCCUCAACACGCUAUAAUGCUAUUACAAAUGGAGUGAAAAACCUCAUUUCUUUUCUAAACUAAUUAUACGUACGUGGACACCCUAUUUUUUUAUUAUUUAAUUAAUUCAAUAUUUUUUUAUAAGCUUGUCAAUCAUGUUUUAAGGUUUGUAUUAGCUGUUACAGUUGUAUCUACUCGCUCCAAACUUCCCAACCAACUCCAAUUUUUUUCAUUUACUUUCCAAAAAAAAACAUUCAACUUAUUUUCAUUUCAUUACAUUCUAUUCCAGAUCCAUCUACGGUUUUGCCAUUUUUAUACGUAAAUUAUUUUAAAUUGUUUCCCUCCCAUCAUAAAUACCGUACGCCACAAUAUACCUCUACACACACUGAUAAUUAAAUUAAAAACACGCAGUCAUUUCAUGGCACAGCCUAACUCCACCGCCGCCGCGAGCGGCGGCGCCACCGCAAGAAACGGAAGCGUGAAACUCAAGUACGUGAAACUAGGGUACCACUACUUGAUGUCCCAUUUCUUGACUCUAUGUCUAAUCCCUCUAAUUUCCUUCACAUUAAUCCGAAUAUUUGAAAUGGAUUAUGAAGAUUUCGUAAACUUGUAUCUCAACCUCAAGCAUAAUCGCGCGACCGUUUCGCUUCUCUCGGGCGCGCUGGUAUUCGGGGCGACGGUCGCCUUCAUGACCCGACCCAGACCCGUCUACCUGGUCGACUACGCGUGCUACCGCCCGCCCGACCGCCUCCGGGUCGAGUUCCACAAGUUCAUGGAGCACUCGCGGCUCACCGGCGACUUCGACGAGUCGUCGCUCGACUUCCAGCGGAAGAUUCUAGAACGUUCCGGCCUCGGCGAGGAGACCUACCUCCCCGAGGCGCUCCACCGCCUCCCGCCGCAGCCGUCCAUGGCCGCGGCGCGCGCCGAGGCCGAGCAGGUGGUGUUCGGCGCGCUGGACAGCCUUUUCCGCGCCACCGGCGUCGCGCCGAAGCAGAUCGGGGUGCUGGUGGUCAACUGCAGCCUCUUCAACCCCACGCCGUCGCUCUCCGCCAUGAUCGUCAACAGGUACAAGCUCCGCGGCAACGUCCGGAGCUUCAAUUUGGGCGGGAUGGGGUGCAGCGCCGGCUUGAUCGCCGUCGAUCUGGCGAAGGACAUGCUCCAGCUCCACCGCAACACCUACGCCGUCGUCGUGAGCACCGAGAACAUCACGCAGAAUUGGUACUACGGCAACAAAAAAUCGAUGCUGAUCCCCAAUUGCCUCUUCCGCAUGGGCGGCGCCGCCGUGCUCCUCUCGAAUCGAAGCUCCGACCGGCGGCGGUCGAAAUACAAAAUCCUCCACGCGGUCCGCACGCACAAGGGCGCCGACGACACCGCCUUCAAAUGCGUGUACCAGGAGCAGGACAACGACAAUGAUGGCGACGUGAAGGGGAGAAACAUUAAAAUCGGGGUGUCGCUGUCGAAGGAUCUGAUGGCGAUCGCCGGCGAGGCGCUGAAAUCGAACAUCACGACGCUAGGCCCGCUGGUGCUGCCCGUGAGCGAGCAGCUGCUCUUCUUCGUGACGCUGGUGGCCCGCAGAAUAUGGAACCCUAAGAUCAAGCCCUACAUACCGGAUUUCAAGCUGGCGUUCCACCACUUCUGCAUCCACGCCGGAGGCCGCGCCGUGAUCGACGAGCUGGAGCGGAGCCUGCGGCUGGAGGCGAUCCACGUGGAGGCGUCGCGGAUGACUCUGCACAGAUUCGGAAACACUUCGUCGAGCUCGAUUUGGUAUGAGCUGGCGUAUAUGGAGGCGAAGGGGAGGGUGAGGAAGGGGCAGCGCGUGUGGCAGAUCGCCUUUGGGAGUGGAUUUAAGUGCAACAGCGCCGUGUGGGAGGCGCUGCGCGACGUCGGCCCGUCGCCGGAUAGCCCGUGGCUCCACUGCAUAGACCGCUACCCGGUCCACCUGGCCCACUGACGACCGGAUUCUCUAUUUCAAAAUUAGUAUUUUUUUUUUUUAAUAUUCGGGGUGUUCAAAAUAAAAAAUUUUGUAUAAAGUUGAUGUCUUGAAUAUUUUGUGUGCAGUGUGUAAGAGUCAAAGAGUGAUCUUAUUUUUAUUUUAUUUGUUUUGGACA